AUGUUUGUCGACCUCGGUGCCCAUUUCGGAGACGCCGUGCGCAACUUUCUCGGCCGCUGCAAGACCGAGUCGGAGUGCCAACUGCAGGAGCCAGUGCAGAUCCCAUGGUUUAUCGCUAGGGAGGACUUUGUCAUCUACAUGUUCGAAGCCGACCACAGAUUCACCCCGGAUCUGCAGAACUUGACCGCCGAGCUGGCCGAGUCGGAGCCGCCGAUAAAGGUAUGGCUCCGGGACGCUACUGCGGUCCACAAUCAGGAUGGCGACAUUGAUCUCUUUGUCGACGAGUGGAGCCAUGACAACGCUUACUGGGCGUCCAGCAUUCGCCCCUGGGAUGGCUGGGCCAUCCGCAGUGAUCCAGCUGUGCCGGUGCGGAAGGUCCAAGCUAUCGAUUUUGCACGCUGGCUGGAGCUGACGGCUCGCCCGGACGACUACGUAGUCGUCAACUUGGAUCUGGAGGGAGCCGAGUUCGUCAUCCUGCCGCAUCUGUGGGAAUCGCGUGCCUUUCGGCUCAUCGACAGCCUCUUGGUCCACUGGCACGACAACCAUAACGGAUUCAGUCCCGCCGAGAAAGAUGCCGCCAAGAUGGCUGUUGUCAACAUGAUCAAGGCAGGCGUCCACAUUCCGUACUUUUGACGAUUUGGUCACCUAGAAUCGAUUUUGGAGCAUCCUCGCCACGGGUGCAACAUCAACUGCACGCCGACUGCACACCGGCACUGCUUCCACAUCCGACACUCGCUCUGCCACUCAACACCAGCAGUCGUGGCGAUCAAGAGAGGGAUCGCAGCCGUCGCAUUCCAUCAAUCCAUUCCCAUCAAUCCAUUCUGCAAUCGCGGGAACGGCUCAGGUGCAUGCGCCGUGUUGGGUGUAC